AUCACGUUACACGCUAACACUAUUAACCCUAACUGCACAUUGUCUACAUACGAGAGCUCACGAUCAGGGUGCAUCAGAGAUAGGUUAUUUAGCCAGGUAGUUAAGGUGAUUGUUAAGAAACAUGAAGACUUUUACAAUCAUUUCACUGCUCUGUGCCCUGUCGGGGGUGUUUGGUUACCAUGUGACGAAGUUCCAGUCUUAUGAUGAAAAUACCAAAGAUGCGUACGACAUCAUGGACGUCCUGAUGCGUAAUCGGACACCAGAGAGAUACCUACCACAGUCGUAUUUCCAGAAAUAUGGCGGUGGUCGCAGUUCACGGCUGACAGCUUUCUCUUAUAAAGACUGCGGUGACCCCACAACGGAAACAUUCAAACUUCUUGCUCUACAAAUUACUCCUGACCCAAUUGUACUUCCGGGUACUGUGCAAGUGGCCUUCAACCUGCAGAACCUGGACACAGCUCAGUCACCCAUUCAGGCUGACGUAACCAUAAAGAAGAAGAUUCUGUCCAUAUGGGUGGAAAUUCCUUGCAUUGAAAAUGUGGGAUCCUGCAGUUACUCAGACAUCUGUGAGAUUCUGGCGCCAGCCCAGUGUCCAGAAGCCUUCACGGAGAACAACAUUCCCUGCAAGUGCCCGUUUCCAGCGGGAAACUACACACUCCCCAGUACCCAGUUUGAGAUCAACUUAUCGAGCCUUCCAACCGGAGACUACUCAGGACAGAUUGACCUCAAAAUGGGCUCGGCCUCUAUUGCCUGCUACGAAGUAGAGAUUACACUUGGUUAAAUCGAAAUGUAGCAAAUGGUUGCCAAAUCAGGAUAAUAAAGUUUGGUUUAUUGCUCA